AUGUUUCAAAAAAAAUUUAUUGCAAAUGCAUCUAAGGGUAAAAUAAUUUCACGUUUCAAACAUAUAAAAUAUUUGGAAGUUAGAUGGAAAAGCACAUAUUUUUUGACAACUCCGAUUUUUUACGUUAAUGCUGAACCACACAUUGGUCAUUUGUAUACGACUACCAUUGGAGAUGCCAUUUCUCGUUAUAAAAAAUUGAAAAAUUGUAAUGUUAAAUACAUGGUAGGAACUGAUGAACACGGAUUAAAAGUUAGUAAAGCAGCCAAAGCUUUAAAUCUAAAUGUUGAAACGUUUUGCGACAACGUUUCAGAAAAAUAUAAAUCAUUAUUUAAUGCAUUUGAUAUUAGGUAUAAUGAUUUUAUAAGAACCACAGAAAAAAGGCAUAAAAAAACUGCCAUAGAAUUAUGGGAUAAAAUUUCAUCUGUAGAUUUAAUUUACAAAGGAGAAUAUUCGGGAUGGUAUUGUGAAGCAGAUGAAACAUUUAUACCUGAAAAUGAAUUGGAACCAAAUGAUGAUCCAUUGGUUAGGUAUACAUUAAAUGAAAAAAAAAUUGUUAAUUAUGUUACAGAGCUUAAUUAUAAAUUUAAAUUAAGUAAAUUUCAAAAUGAUCUUUUACACUGGUUAGAUAGUGGUGAAAUUAUAAAACCUAAUAAAUUUCAAAAAAUUUUAAGAAAUUGGAUUGAAGAAGGAAAUGUUUUAAAAGAUUUAUCAAUAUCUAGACCAACUGAAAGAGUGUCAUGGGGUAUUCCAGUACCAAAAGAUCCGACACAAACUUUUUACGUUUGGUUUGAUGCAUUAUCUUCGUACUUGAGUACUGAUGGAUACCCUUAUUCAAAUUUUAAAUGGCCUCCAGAUUUACAAAUAAUCGGAAAAGAUAUUUUAAAAUUUCAUGGAGUUUUUUGGCCUGCUUUUCUCAUGGCUGCUGGUUUGGAACCACCAAAAUGUAUUUUGUGUCACAGUCAUUGGAUGAAAGAUAAUAUGAAAAUUUCAAAAUCGACAGGCAACGUAAUAAAUCCUUUUUCAUAUGCAGAAAAAUACUCGAGUGAUGGUGUCAGAUAUUAUUUAUUAAAAGAAGGAGUAGCUCACAGUGAUGGAAAUUUUACCGAUAAGAAAUUAAUAGCCAUGUUGAAUGCAGAUUUAGCCGAUAAAUUUGGUAAUUUAUUAUUAAGAUGUACUAGUUUAACAAUAAAUAGAAAUCAAAAAUAUCCUUCGUUUUUAAAAGGGGAUCGCAAAAGGUUUCAUACUACAGAUUCAGAAAAUUUAAUUAAUGCCCUACAGGAUUUGCCAGAUAAAGUAGACAUGCAUUUUGAAGAUUUUAAUUUUUAUAAAGGAAUCGACGAAAUAAUAACGACUUUAUCUUUAACGAAUAAAUUUUUCGAAUCGGAAAAACCAUGGUACCUGGCAAAUAAAUCAGAUGAAUCAGAUCAUUUGAAUUAUGUCAUACAUUUAACAAUGGAAUCAUUAAGGGUUUGCGGCAUUCUGCUACAACCCAUAAUACCUAAAAUAUCGGAAAAUCUUUUAAAUAAACUUUCGAUACCGAUUUCGAAAAGGAAAAUAUUUAACAUCAGACCAUUUUCAUGGGAGUGUGACGGUUCGACAGAGUCUUACGAUAUAUCACAGGAUAAAAUAAUGCUUUUCACAAAAAUAAAAAAUUAA